GCCACAGCCACGGCCGUUGCCUCCAAAUGCAUUGCUUUUGUGGUCAGAGAUACAGUUUAUGGAUAAUCAUGCCUAAUAUUCACCUUGACAAGAUUAGUAGUAUUAUGUUUGUAAAUAAAACAAUGAAAAUUAUGGCCGUGAUUCCAUAUCAACUAUAUUUGUGGCGCUUUCGGCGUGCAUAUCCUGUCAACUGGGUCACUAUCCAAACUGGCUAUUCUUUCAGUGCUUUUGUGCCAUUGCGUUGUUUUAUUGCGCACACUGGCAGACGUAUGUGUCUGGAACGAUGCGCUUCGGCCGCAUCGAUGUAACUGAGGCUCAAUUCUCCAUCAUUGCUAUACAUUUGGUUUCGGCCGUGCUGGGGCCCGAGAUUUGGCUGACGAAGAUGCCUUAUCUUGAGUGUGAAACACGCUGCUUGCCGUUUUAUAUGGCCAGUGGAGUUGACUUCAGUUUAUCCAUUUUAAACGAGGGCUGUGGGAAGAAUGGAUCAUCUGUUGCAGGAACCAGUGUUCUAUCGCCUAGUAUACCGCUGACACUUGUAGUGCUGCCCGCGCUGAUGAUAGCGCAAAAGUCGCCGGAAAAUAUUUUUACGGAGCACGCUUCAGUUUUUAUUCUGGCUUUUGGCAUGGUGGCUGCCAAAAUUACCAACAAGCUGGUGAUAGCGCACAUGACCAAAGCGGAGAUGGAGUAUCUGGACUGGUCGCUGCUGGGUCCUGCUUUAUUGUUCCUGAAUCAGUACUUUAACUGUAUUGUACCAGAGAUUUGGCUGCUUUGGUUUACGCUAGCCUGGGGCACACAGGAUCUUCUGCGCUACUGUGCGCAGGUUUGUCUAGAAAUUUGCCAGCAUCUGCGCAUCGAUCUAUUCAGAAUACCGUAUGGCCCUAAGGUGUUAAACACCUCUUCGGUGGGCAGCCAGAGCAACGUUGGAGCUGAUAAAAAUGGUGGCACAUCACAUAGAAAGUCAAAAAGCAAAGCGCACUAAAUCAAUGUUCGCUCCGGUUUCAUUAAAAUUCACAUAUUUUUCAAAUAUUUACGGUAUUAGCGCAAGCUAAACAAAUUUUAAACUCAACCCAACUAAAUUUACCGUCGAAAUGUUAAAGCAUAACAAAUUAUAGCAUAAUUAAUUUAUAAAUGUUGUAACAAAAAAAAAGCUGCAGG